GCUAAAAGAAAAAAAUAUUUUUGACAAAUAAACAUCAUGUCAGUGAUCCAAAAAUUUUUGUAGUUUCCAAAUAUCCGGAAUUUCAAAAUUAUGUAUUGAGUGUAUUAUUAAACUUAUAUCACCUCCUACCCUUGGUUUCACAAAGUUUCAGGAUCAUGAAUAAUGAAAUCCUUGUCGAAAAAAUAGUUCAAAGUUUAUUAUCAUUGCAAGUCGAAGUUGUGCAAAAUGAUAUAGUUCAGCUAACUGGCACAUCAAAAGGCACUCCCGUCAAAGUAAAAGUGAAAGUUCGGAAGAAGGAUAAAGCUGAUAUAUAUCAUAAUGUUAUAUCUGUACCAAAAAGGAACCAUACCAGGUCCGCAAAAGAGAAAAUUCGCUUAGUUAAUAGCGAUCAAACAAUUAUGUCAUUUGAUAUGAUCAUGGAUACUGAUCAGACGGUACCUACUAAGAAACAUAGAAAUAAGUUUUUUGAAAUACUUAGACCAGGCAUAUGUCUAGGAAACCCAAAUGAUGAAAAAGAAUCUUACGAACCCAGUAAAAAUCAAGAGAAUUAUGAAAUAACUAGUAAAUCGGAUGAAAUUAUGAAAACGCACUUGACUAUAUCAAAAAAUGAUUAUCUUGAUAUAUCUACUGUGGUAUCAAAAAGGCAUCAAAAUUUCUUAGGAAAAUGUAAACCAGGAGGUUGUCUCGAUCCACCAUUCGGUGAAGAUAAGUAUUCAUAUACGCCUAUCAAACAACAACUGCAGUUAGAAACAUCUACUUUUACUACUAAGAAUUUAUAUCUUGGGGAUGAUGUUCAGUCUCUGAAAAGAGACUCACUAAUUAAAUCUACAUCAUCAAAAGAUAAAUCACACCAUGAUAAUACACUAGAUGUAAAAUUAAUUGAAACACAACCCAAAACUAACUCUAUACUAAAUCUUUACCGAGCAGAAUCAGUUAAUACUUCACUGAGCGUCACGUAUUCUAAUUCGAUUAUAACUUAUCCUCCGCCUUUAACCCCAAGUGAAAUUCGUCUAAAUAACGAAAAAAUGACCCAACAAAGAAUAUCAGCUGAUAACAAAUCCAGAAAAUCCUUUAAUGAGUUUUCUUCAACAUAUUUUAUUUCCCCAAAAGAAAUUAAAAAUAAAAUUGAAAAUAAAAACUAUGAGCAAGAAAUAUUACGUUUUGAAGAUGAAAACGUUUCUUUUCAGCCGGCCUUUUGUGUGAAAAGUGAAUCAAGUAGUGAAGUUAAAAAAGAUCACAGCUCUUCCCCUCUGCAAUUAGAUAAAAACAUUGAGAGCGUACACCGGGAAGUAUCAAAUAUUAUAAUAUCAUCAACAAAACAAAUUAAACAAUUUGAAGACCUUUCGAGUACUAAUCUAGAAAUCGCACCCGCUGUUGAUGAUUCUAUUAGUAAAAACAAAGCAGCUCUUACCAAUUUUGUUGAAACAGACAGCAUCAUAUUGCCUAACAAAUUAGAUAGUAAAAUUGAAUCGAUUCAUGAAACUAAACCUAUAACAUUAUCGACACAUGAACUGGUUUCUCGUGACAUCACUUCAAAAUCAGCAAGUAUUACUAUAAAAAGUAUUGAUACCACCAUAAAGCCAUCAGUAAGAUCAUCAUUAGCCGAAACAAACCUAAUUAUCUCUAAAACUUUAUCAGAACAAUUGGCUCCACAAGAGACUUUAAUAUUAAAUAAGACUUUCACAUUACCAACGUUUUUAGAAGAUAAUUUUAAAAGUCUAGAAAAGAGAAGUUCCAUCCAAAUAAAAAAUUCUAAAAGUGACUCUAAAAUGGUUGAUAAAACUACUGAAUCUGUAAACAGUACAGUCUUAAAUAAAGAAGUUGAUAAUUUUUCCAAGACUUUACUAGAGCAACUUGCUCAACAAGAGAAUUUAAUGAUAAGCAAGAAUUUAAAUUUACCGCUAUCUUUGGAAAUAAAUGAUAAAAGUUUAAGUAAAAGGAGUUCUAUUCAUGCUAAGAUUUCUAAGAGUGACUCUCAAAAAAAUUACGGAACUGCUAAAUUAGAUGACGUUUUAAUCUCAAGUAAACUUGAUAAUGAGGUUGCUAAGGAAUUCAAUGACGAUUUAAUCUCAAGUAAACUAGAUAAUGAGGUUACUAAGGACCAUAUGGAUGAUGAAUGUAAAAUAAAUUUAACAGACGCAACAAAAGAACAAAUACUAACAACUGGACUUGAUUUAGAAGCCGGUCAUAUAGUUGAAGAAGUUCUAAACGAUACUGAAAAAAAGCCUUCCAUUUUUAAUAGCAGUAUUUGGAGUAAAACAGAUAAACUAUCACAUAUUCUGAACUCUACUGACGAUCACUCUGCAUUAGGCCAGGAUAUUGUACCUAGCCCUGCAAUAUCAAUAACCGAACAAACUUCUGAAAUUAAAGAGAAAAAAACAAUCUUAUCGACCAAUCUUGUCGAUGGAUAUUUGUUUUCAAAAUCAAAGGAAUCAGUGUCGUCCAAAUUGAUAGAGACUACUAAAAAUUUUAAUACAAAAGAUAAUUAUAUUAUAAAAAAUGGAUCGAUAAAAAACCUCACCAAUUAUCUAAAUGAUGACAAAAUACAAAGUAACCAAGUAGAUUUAAAAUCUAAUGGUAAUAAAUUAAAUGAGGACACAUCAAUAUAUGAUAAUGAAUACACUUUUAAAAACCAAAUAAAAAAGAAGACUGAACGAUCAUAUAACAGCAACGAAAGGUCCGAAAACGAUGGACUUAGAGACUUAGAGAACCUACGCGAUAAAAAAAAUAUAACAUCAACUCCUUCGCUGGUAGCUAAGUCUACUAUUAGUGAAGUAUCUAGUAGUAACAGUCAGGGUAAAGUAAUAAAAUAUGAACAAAACCAACUUGAUAAAUAUGAAUCUGAACAUACCACUCAAGAGAAGUCUAACAUUAAGAAAGGAUUUCAGGAAUUUCUAAAAGAGACCAACGACCAACCGUUUGAAAACGCAAACAGUACAGUUAUGCCUUUCCCGCAACAAAAAGAAGACUUAUCACAUAUUGAUACUACAAGUCUUCCAAACGCCCUGCCUAAUCAAAACUUAGAAAACGAAGGCUUUAAUAUAAAAAAAAAUGUGUUUCCGUCCGAAGAAGCUCUAUUAAAGAAGGACACAAUACCGUCGGCUGAAAUAACAACCGACUUAAAAUUACGCCUAUCAAAGGAAGCUUUGUACAAAUGGCAAGAAAAAAAUAGUAUUAACUCCACAAAAGAACUUGAAAAUUUGACACAUGACAAUAUAAAUGAAUUUACAGACUCGGUUGUACAAAACAACAUACCAAACAUUGUACUAGACAAUUCUACAAAACAGUUACUUGAUGAUAAAUCAAAUACAAUUCAAGUGAUCGACACUAAAGAAGACUCAUUAAAUUAUAGUCCUGAAGGAACAACUGAGGAUAUUAAAAGAAUGUUACCUGAUCAAUAUGACGAACAAGUGAAGACGGAAAUAAAUAGUGUACUUGACAAGCCAAUUACACAUCGCAUUUCAAACUCAAAUAUCGAUUAUAUUAAUACGUAUUCCACCUCCGAACCAAUAGAAGUAAAUGAUACCAUGAUUGAAAAAAAAAACAAAAGCCAAGAAAAUGGCAAUGGAUCGAUAGGUGCAACGAUGACGAAACAUGAUUCUGGAAUAACAUCAGAAUUUAAGGCAGAUGAGCAUGUUAGUAUGAGAUACUAUGAAUUAAAAAAUAAUAAAAUUAUACAAAAUGAGAUAGCUAACACUGCAUUUCCAGAAAGAAUAUCAAAUGAGGUUGUAAAAAAUAACUUAAUAAAUGAGGCAGAAAACAAUACUGCCGAAUCUGAGUUUAAUAAAUCCGACCUACUAGACAUCGAGUACACGACCAUGUCGCUAUAUCCACCCAAUAUAAAAAAUAAACAAAAAAUAAUUAUUAAUAAAUCAGAGGACGAAAAAGACGAGUCGAAUCUGGAAAGACCCAAAUUAGAAAAACUGUCUACAAUUUUUGAUGUGGUUGCAAUGCCAGAUACAACAAAAUUAAAGCAAGAGAUAACAACUUUGAAAUCUCGUUCUGUUUUAUAUACACCAUCUGAAGAUACUCUAACCAAGACAAAUAGCAAAGAAACAGUAGCUGUUGAUUUAGCAUUUCAAAGUUACGUUAAUAAUGAAAAUAAAAUAAUCAUUAAAACAUUUAAUAGCGAAAAGGAAGCACAGCGAUAUUCAGAUGAUAGAGUAAUUAUAAUAAAAUCAGAUAUAAGCCUGUACAAUAAUGAAAUGAAAAUUCCAAUAGAUUCUGAAAAUAGUUUAUUUCUACAAAUUAAAAAAGUUAAUAAUCACAUACCACAUGAUGUCAUAAAAGAUGCCCCUAACGUGUAUCACACGGAUAUGGCCACUAAUAAGUUCCAGACGCCUGAUGUCAUGGCGCCCAAUUUACAUUCUAUUUAUGAAAAGGAGUUGUUGCCGUUACAAAAUGCUAUGAAAGACUUGAAGGCUGAAAUAGAUCAUUUAGCACGACACAGCUCGAUACUUAAAGAGAAUUUGAUUACUAGAAAAUCAAACAAUUUACGCCUCAUAAAUAUUAACAAAAGAUGCGUUUGUUUGAAAAGAUUAUUUUAAACAAUUCAAAUAUAUUACACCAUUUACAAA